AAAAGACGGAAACUAUCGCCAUUAACAUCUCCACGGGAUCGCGAGGCGAAUCGCUUCCUUCCCCGACCGCACGCGCGAGCGAGCACGAGGCGAUGAAGCAGUUCAAGGACCCGUUCGAAGCAGCCUUCGAGGAGCAGGAAGAGUCGCCGCCCCAGUCCCCCGCCGCCCCGCCCGACGAUCCCGACCCCUCCGCCGCCGCCGCCGCCGCGGCCGGCCACGGCGACGGCGAAGGCGACGACGACGACGACCUCCUCCUCGACGUGCCCUCCACGUCCGCGGCCCCCGAGCUCCUCCGGCGGCGGCGGCGCGGGGGGCCGGCCCCGGCGAGUGGCGCCGCCAAGAACAACCGGGAGGAGGAGGAGGAGGAGGAGGAUGAGAACAUGGAGGUCGAGCUCGGGAAGCUCGCUCCCGGCGGCGAUCCCGCCAAGAUGGGCAAGAUGCAGGCUAUUUUGUCACGAUUCACGGAGGAACAGAUGAACAGAUACGAGUCUUUUCGGAGAUCAGGAUUCCAGAAGGCUACAAUGAAAAGACUGCUGUGCAGCAUUACGGGAAGUCAGAAAAUUUCAAUGCCUAUGACAAUUGUGAUGUCGGGCAUUGCAAAGAUGUUUGUUGGAGAAAUUGUGGAAACAGCAGCCAGGAUUGUCAUGAGUGAGAGGAAGGAAUCUGGCCCAAUCAGGCCGUGCCACAUCAGAGAAGCAUAUAGAAGACUGAAGCUCGAAGGCAAAGUUCCCAAGAGAACAGUACCCAGGCUCUUUCGCUAGAUUCCCCCACACACUCCUCUGAUUUUAUAGCUUGUAGGCGAGGUGCUUGUGAUUGAUUUGUUCUUUUCUCGUAUCUCUUCCUGCUCAAUUGGCACACAAAAUCGAGAGUCACCUUAUCAUUGGUGUUCCCAAUUGGAAAUCAGUGAUUUGUCUAUGCUAUUACCGGGACAGGACCAGAAGGUCCAUGAGCAGUUCAGCUCCUCCUGUGACUCGUAAAUAUUGACUGGAGUGCUGGCUUUUUGCUUGCAACAUUCUGUCUCGAUCAAGAUCGGAAGGCUGGUAAAGUAAUUUUACCAUGUGAGAUGGGUAUCAACUGUGGAAUAUUACUCUUUAUUGCCUUUUUUAAUUGCCUAGCUCUUGAGAGUGGUAAACUGUAGUCUAUAGAUCUAUCAACUAUGGCAGAAUUGGUUGUCUAUCAGAUAGUGGGGUGAUUUGAUUUC